AUGGAUCAUCAAUCAGACAUGGGUGCUUACGGAGAGAAUUCAAAUACGCAACAUAACAGUGGCAACUAUAUUACGAUUAUUCCGGUGGAUUAUUCGAGACGAGGAUAUCCUAUACAAGCCGAAUAUCAAUAUAAUGAAUUUAGAUCUCGUGAAGAAUAUUAUAGUGUGCAAAGCCAAAAGUUGCAAGCGGAAGUGAAUGCACACUUAUAUUCGGUAUCGCAGCGACUACCGCACCUAUCGUACAGUCCAUUGGGUCGUCACAAUGAAUGGGACAAACAUGAUCCUCACAAACCCUUGCCAGAUUCUAAGGAAAGUAAUUCUUCGGAUUCACUCGAGAAGAGUGUUAUGGGGUCAUUUGCAGGUUCGAACCUCAGUAGUUGUUCAAAUCAAACGGGAUCUAGUAGUAUCGCAGCUGGCUCUUUUAGUACAACCGAGCCUAUAACGAGUGGGGGAAGCUCGUCCAGUGCGAUAUCACCACCAUUGCCAGGAUCAUCUGGCAGUACGGCAUCAUCAUCAAGCAGUUCCUCGAAUCCAGUGACAUGUGUAUAUCUCAUGUCUCGCAUGGCCAUUAUGGUGGAAAUGAGUUCUGAGGAAGUUCCCUCAUGCGUAACAUCAUCCAGGUUCCUGAAUGCUGUGCUAGCUACUGAGGAGUUGGGCCUGAAUACUCCAAGUUCCAGGAGUUUGGCUGCAAAUGUGUUCGCUUUGUGGAUGUGUAGUCCAUUAUUGGAAAUUCAACUAAAACCGCACCAUUGCCCAUGGCGCAUUUGGUCGAGUUGGCAGAAAUUGUUGCAAAAAUACGGCCACGGUUCAGAAUCUCGCCGUGGGAAAGAUCAACCAGUGUUACGAUUGCAGAGAAACGUGUUCUUCCCUAAACAUUUGGAAGAGGGAAUUAAGGACUCUAGAAUACAAGAGCUUCUGUACGAAGAGGCGCGGCACAACGUAGUGACGGGGCGCUACCCGCUGGAGAGCGCGCAGGCGGUGAUGCUGGGCGGGCUGCAGGCGCGCGUGCAGCUCGGGCCCUACGACCCGCACCGGCAUACUGCCAAGUUCUUUAGGGAACAACAAGACAAAUAUCUUCCUCAACACGCAAGAUCUGGUCGUUGGAUACGACUGCUUCCAGCGGGAAGGAAAGGGAGUCCUGAAGCCAAGUUGUUAGAGCAGGCGCAGCGUCCGCCGGCCGCGCCUCCGAGGAAAUUACGGCAUAAAUACCUCUCUCAUACACGGACAUUGCCCACUUAUGGGGCAGCAUUUUUCCAAGGCCAAAUAGAACAGCCAGUACGAAGUUUGACGAGUCUCCUCACUCACGAGGACAUCCCCGUGCUCGUCGCGAUUAACUCCAAUGGGGUUUACGUCAUAGAUGACACUGAAAGUACGGUCCUACUAGGACUGCUAUACGAGGAGCUGUCGUGGGACAUAGGCUUACCGUCCGACGAAAACGAAGACUGCUUGCCGUGUCUCUUCCUUCAAUUUAUGGUCGUUGAAAAUGGACUGCGAGUGUCCAAAAUAUUACAGGUAUUUUCAAAACAAGCGAUAAUGAUGGAUACUCUGAUAGAACACUUCGCGGGAGAGUACAGGAAGAGGCUCGGGCAGGAGACGCCGAGUGAACAUGCUAAUUGUGACUAUCACUCCGACUCGGGCAGCAUCUCGCUGCCGCCGCUGUCGCGGCCGGACUCGCCGCAGCGCCGGCUCGCCAACAAGCUGUCGCGGCUGGCGCUCGCCACGCACGACGGCCGCGGACACCUGCUGGGCGGCGCCGGCGACUGGCGCAGCGCGCGACACCACCCCUCCUGGGUACUGCCCAAGCAC